AUAGCCAUUUUCUCGAGGAAGAUUUUUCUUUUUCUUUUAAUUUUUCUUCACCCCUUUUGGAAGAUCCGACCUUCUUCGCGGCAACGCAACCGUGAAAUUCGCAUUGCCCGAGUGGCCCAAUCCCGCAGAAGAAAAACCCGCCGCCGUCGAAGAUGAUCGUCUGCGUCGCCGUCGUCGGCCACCAGAACAACCCGCUGUACAUUCAAAGCUUCACGGAGGCCGAUGAUGCUCUCAAGCUCCAUCACAUUGUCCAUUGUUCGCUGGAUGUCAUCGAAGAGCGAGUGAACAAUCCGAGAAAAUCUGGACCAACCUUGAACGAGACCUUUCUCGGUCUUCUUUAUCCGACUGAAAAUUAUAAAGUGUAUGGCUAUUUGACUAAUACCAAAGUGAAGUUUAUUGUGGUGACCACAGAUCUAGAUGUCAGAGAUGCCGAUGUGAGAAGUUUUUUCAGGAGAUUUCAUGCUGCAUACGUGGAUGCAGUUUCAAAUCCAUUUCACGUGCCAGGUAAGAAAAUUACUUCCAAAACUUUUGCAGAAAGUGUGAGCACCAUCGUCAAGUCGUUUGGGUUCAGUUCAGCUGUUUGAGUGACCCACCAGGCAACCACUGACGUGUAGAACUGAAAUUUUAAUACCAAGUCUGAAGUCAUCGACUGCCACACUUCAUUUACUGCUGCGUCGACUCAUCUUUCUUCUUGUUCUGGAAAUAUUUGAAAUAUUUUUUCUUGAGCUGUACUAUGAAAGAUGAAACCAACGGCUGUGCCUUUUUUCUCCUUUUUUCCUAGUUUUUCGAAAAACGAUCCAACUUUUUUUAUUGACAUUUACUGUUUCUUUUUUAUGAUAUUGUAACAUGAGGAUGUCAAUAAUUGGAUUUUGUUUGCCAA